AUGGGCGACGCUCACUCCCCCCCACCCUGCUCCGUCAUCCGCAGCAUCAACCCAAACUACAUCGGAUACGACUACAUAGGCUGGUACGUCGGCAACGCGCGCCAAACAGUCUCCUACUUCGUAAACCACUACGGGUUUGCCGUGCUGGCCUACCGCGGACCCGAGACAGGCUCCUACGCAACAGCAUCCUACGUCGUCGGCAACGGCACCGCGCGGUUCCUGUUCACUUCGCCGCUGCGCUCGCCUGAUGGCUCGGACGGAGACACACGGGUGAGUGACGACGAGCGCCGUCUCUGCGCGGACAUACACGCCCACCUAACCAAACACGGCGACGGCGUCAAGGAUAUCGCGUUCACGGUGGACGACGUGCGCGGCGUGUGGCAGCACGCUGUGGACAACGGGGCGGAACCCGUACAAGAGCCGACUGUGCUUAAGGAUGACGACGGCGAAAUCCUCCUAGCAUCAAUCCGCACAUUCGGCGACACCAUCCACACACUCGUCAACCGAUCCGCCUACCAAGGCGCCUUCCUCCCGGGAUACACCCAGACCCCCCAGCGCAGCGACAGCUCACACGAAUCUCUAUCUCUACUCCCCCACAUCGACGUCGUCGAGAUCGACCACUGCGUGGGGAACCAGCCGUGGAACGGGCUCGAGGGCGCCGUGCGGUAUUACGAGAAAGCGCUCAACUUCCACCGGUUUUGGACGGUCGAUGAUAGCGAGAUGUGUUCUGAGUUUUCGGCGAUGAAUUCUGUGGUCGUGGCGUCGCCGAAUGAGGUUAUCAAGAUGCCUAUGAAUGAGCCGGCGGCUGGGAAGAAGAAGUCGCAGAUUGAGGAGUUCUGCGACUACUACAACGGCUCUGGCUGCCAACACAUCGCGCUCCGCACGCCCAACAUAAUAACGGCAGUGCACAACCUCCGCCAGUGCGGCGUCGACUUUCUCUCCGUGCCCGAAACGUACUACGCGGACGUGCGGGCGCGUCUACAGCGCGCGGGCACAAACGUCGCCGAGGACAUCGACACGCUGCAGCGGUAUAACAUUCUCAUCGACUUCGACGAGGGCGGGUACCUGCUGCAGAUCUUCACGAAGCACGUCGGGGACCGGCCGACGGUGUUUUUGGAGAUUAUCCAAAGGGAGAAUUUUGAGGGGUUUGGGGCCGGGAACUUUAGGAGUCUUUUUGAGGCGUUUGAGAGGGAGCAGGCGCUGAGGGGGAAUUUGUGA